AUGGCCAUUACUGGUGGGACAGUGGAAACUCUUGAUGAAAUUCCAGCCCACAUGUGGACAGGUCUGCCUGACUGUUUGAGUCUUGGACCUUCUGCUAUCAAUCAAAGCCGUAUCGGUGUCUGGGCAACGCAGCUCAUUCCUAAAGGCAAGAGGUUUGGCCCGUUUGUUGGAGAGAAGAAAAAAAGGUCCCAGGUGACCAGUAAUGUUUACAUGUGGGAGAUAUAUUUCCCAGCACGGGGCUGGAUGUGCGUUGAUGCCACAGACCCCAUGAAGGGGAACUGGCUGCGCUAUGUGAACUGGGCUCACUCCAGUGAAGAGCAGAAUCUUUUCCCCUUGGAGAUCAACAGAGCUAUUUACUACAAAGUUUUAAGGCCUAUCGGGCCAGGAGAGGAGCUGCUGGUGUGGUACACUGUUGAAGACAACCCUGAGAUAACAGCUGCACUGGAGGAAGAAAGAGCCAGCAGUCUGAGCAGGAAAAAAUCACCCAGGGCGAAGCGAGUGAGAAGAAAGCUGCUGGAAAGAGCCAGACAGGCUGGUUUGGGUGAAUUCAAGAAAACAAGUGGAACCAAACCUACUUUCAAGGACAUGUGGGAUGGGGGAGACGGUCUGAAGGAGGAGGAUGAGAGGUCAUCAACCCCAGGGCCUUCACAGGAACUCCAGGAAACCCAUCCCAUGGGAAGCACUGACCAUAGAAGUGUGCAGGACAUGUCAGCAGUAACGACAGACAGGGGAAAUGGGGAGGAGGAGGAAGAAGAAGAGGAAGAAGAAGAAGAAGAAGAGGAGGAUGUAAAUGACUUGGAGGUUCCAAAUGAAGUACAACAGCAAACUGCUCAACAUUCGUCUUUAGCUGAUUCCAUGCAAAAUAGGCAACCCGCCUCCUCUCUGAGCUGCAGUGAAGAAAGCCAUAAAGAGUCACAGGUAAAAUUGGUAUCUUCCUCGCUUCCAGGACAAGAUCUGGAGGUUGAUCCUGAUCUUGACCUUGAACCUGAUCCUGAUGGUGACCUUGAAGGUGAUCUCCAUGGAGAGUCAUAUCCCUGUCAGCACUGUGAACGGCACUUCUCCACCAGACAGGGUCUGGAGCGCCACAUACACAUUCAUGCCAUCACUCACCAGCAAACGCAACUGUUCAAGUGCCGGUACUGCAGUAAAUCCUUUGGCUCACAGGUGGGGCGGCGGCGGCAUGAGAGAAGGCAUGAAAGCGGGCCCAAGAAAAGGCCUGGCUCCCUGGCUGGAACAGCCAAUCUACACAGUCCUGUGGUGCACACUGAUGGUUCAAGUCCUGACUGCAUCAGCCCAACUAGUCACUAUAUUGCCAUAGGGGCUCAGUUUACUGGAGGACCUCUGCACAACUCUGAGAUACAGAGAAAGGAGUUGGGACCUCAUGUUGACCGUCCCUUCAUAUUGGAUGAGAACGGGGAGUCUAAAGAGCUCCAUCCUUGCAAGUACUGUAAUAAAGCAUUUGGCACACACACAAACAUGCGCAGACACCAACGCAGAAUACACGAACGGCACUUGUUACCAAAGGGGGUUCGCAGGAAAGGCAUGCUGCUGCAGGAGGCAUCAGUGCAGCAACAGCAGCUGCCUGAUGAGUCACCCAGCACCAGUCCUCCACCUGUCUAUGUGCCCAGUGCGGACACAGAAGACGAGGUAGACAGGGAUGAUUAUGCAGUUGACAUAUCCAAAAACAUCUCUGAGAAUCUGAGCUUCUACAUUGAUGGCAAGAUUGUCUCCACCAGUGCAGUUAGCACCUGUGAGGUGAUAGAGGUAGACUCCAGAAAUGCAGCUCUGUUUGGUCUAGACACAGUCCUAAUCAGCCCAAAUCAGCUCAGUCAAGCACUGAAGGUGGAGGGUAGAACCAGUGCCACAAAGCAGGUCUCCAGCAUUGGCCAGCCAGCAACAAAAAGAAGAACCUCUACACCCCCACUUGUUCCCAGCCUUAAAGUGGAGACAGAAACAGCGUCUUUCACAGCCUCUUCAUCAUCUUCAUCAUCCUCUACAUCUUCUUCAUCAAACUUGCUAGUAGGCGGACUUUUCCAACAAGCCGCAGAUUCAUCAGCCUUUCAACGAGAGAAAACGGUUUAUCUCUCGCCUAAGCUGAAACAACUCCUUCAGACCCAAGACAUUCAGAAAUCAACCAUUGCUCUGUUAACAGAAAGCCAUAGACUGGCCUCCCCGCAGUCAGUCACAUCACUACAAGGGGCUUCGGGCAGGUUUAAAAGAAGAACAGCCUCUCCCCCAUCAUCUCCGCAGCUCAGUCCCACAUGUAAAGCAGAAAGCUGUAAAGCCGAGGUGGCAAGCUCGUACACCCUCAAGGUGCCUAAGCUGGAAAACCUCAGUGUGUCUCCUUCUGGAAGCGCAGUGGACAAAGAUGACAGGGACACCCUUAGCCCCCCUGGAAAUAAUACUCAAGGCCAACCCUCUAGUAGCGGAGGAAAUUCCUGUAAUCAGCAGCCCUUAGACCUGUCAAGCGCUGUCAACAAGAGAAGUGACACUGUGAACAAGGUGCUUGGGGAUUCAGCUCUUGAUUUAAGCUUGCAUCGGAAGAGCAACGCAGAGGCCGAUUCAAAGGGAGGUCCAGCACCACAGCCACUAAUAAAAAAGAGAAAGCCGAACACCAGCAUGCUUGAAAAGGUGCUGAUGAAUGAGUAUGUAGGUCUAACCUUAGCUGAGGAGGGCCCUGCGGUUUUAGCAAACCUUAGUUGUUUUCACUCUCGCUCUCCAAAUGUUGCAUCAGAGUCUGCCCACCCCUCUCCACCCUCUUUGACCCCUGUCACCAUGAACCCCUCUUCACCCGGCAACUCCAGCGUCACAUCCCCAACACCGCCUCCCCCUGUACUACCUACCAUACCCUCUCCGCCAGCAAUGCCAAGCUCACCUCUCUCUCAGCCUUCAGACUCCUCUGCACCUCUUCCUGUCCUCUCGCCAAAAAUGUCUCCAAGAUCGGUUGAGCACAAACACUUGUCAGACUCAGAGGAGAUUUUGUCAGCUGAAGAAAACAAAGACGAGGAAAAUAACCAUAUCUCUGAGCCACUGGACUCUCCAAACACUCCACUUAAAGAUCCCUUUUAUCGUUCGACACCAAGCCCUCCUGAGCCAACAUCAGUAGAUCUGCCCACUACAGAUGAUGUUUCUCUGACGAUGACAUGCAACAGUCUGCUAAAUGGUAAAAUGAACAAAGACUCCGACUCCGUAACAGAGAAAUCUUUGAAUUCUGACUUUGCUGCUCUCUCAUCUCAGCCAGAAUCCUCAUCAUCAUCCUCAACAUCUCCGCCUCCUCCACAUGAUUCAUCCCCGUCUCUGCAUCCACAAUCUCUUCCUCAGAUUAGGAUAAAAGAAGAGCCUCAGCACGGCAAAGAUGAGCUGUCCAUUAUGAAUCAUACACCUCAGGAUGGUGUUGACUCUUCACCUCAGCCUGCUGCUCCUGACAAACCCUCUGAGGCAGAGGAAGUCGACUCGACGUACUGCAAGACUUUUGUGUGUAAUGUCUGUGAGGAGCCGUUCAACUCCAUGAAAGAGCUCAGUGGGCAUAUUACAGAGCAUGCUGCAGAUUGGCCCUUCAAGUGUGAAUUCUGUGUGCAGCUGUUUGGUGAAGCCCCAGCCCUGCUUGCUCACCGGACAACACUACACGGAGUGGGCAGGAUUUUUGUGUGCUCAGUUUGUUCCAAGGAGUUUGCAUUUCUCUGUAACCUUCAGCAGCACCAGAAGGAUCUGCAUCCAAAUGAGACAUGCACACAUACCUCUGUAGAGCGUGGCAAGCUCAGACCACAAAACUACACAGAUCCAUCCAGAGCCAAAGAGGAAAGCAGUCCCUCAACACCAGCACCAGAGAUAUCUGAAGAAGCUGCUCCAUCCGAUGACUCAGAUUUAAUAAAAAAUGAGCCUAAUGUUAAUGGUGAUCAUGCAGAGGAUGGAGCAGAAGACCCCAAUGAGGAGCUGUACACUACAAUAAAGAUCAUGGCGUCAGAGGGAGGGAAGCCUAAGGGUCCGGACGUCCGCCUUGGCAUUAAUCAACACUACCCCAGUUAUAAACCUCCACCCUUCCCCUAUCACAGCCGUUCCCAUGCUGGCUCUGUGGCCUCGGCUACAAACUUCACCACCCACAACAUACCACAAACGUUCAGCACUGCCAUUCGCUGCACCAAGUGCGGCAACAGCUUUGACAACAUGCCCGAACUGCACCAGCACAUACUAGCCUGUGCCAACGCUAGUGAUAAGAAGCGUUACACUCCCAAGAAAAACCCCAUCCCCCUCAAGCAAAUAGUGAAGUGUCUGAAUGGGGUUGUGUCACCCUCAGCUGCUGCUGUAGGCCAGAGUCCUUUCCGUAGAAUGGGUCAGCCAAAGAGACUUAAUUUUAAUCAAGAUACUGGUAAAACAAAAAUGAGUGCCCUCAAUAAGAAGAAAAACCAGCUUGUCCAGAAGGCUAUUUCACAAAGAAAUAAAGCUGCCACUACAGCAAAGAAGGCUACCAUUAAAUCUGAAGAAGAGCAGGCCUCUAACGUCUGCCCCCACUGCAGUCGGGAGUUUACUUAUCCCGCGAGUCUCAGUAAACAUAUGGCAGUCAGCUGUCCCAUGAAGCCUGUUGCAAAAAAGGGCAAAAAAGGUCUAGCAGAGGUGAAAAAAGAAGCAGGGUCUGCGGUAGAUAAAAACAUGAAUCUUAGGCGGAAAGCUUCUGAAAGUGAAAUAUCACAGACAGAGCCAGAGCGUAAACCUUUGGGAAAGACCAGAGCUCGUAGCUCUGGCACGACAGACCCUGAACCAUCCCUGGCAAGCAAAGGAAAAACUGCUGCUGCACUGGGCCGACUAAAGAGGCCUGCUUCGUUCCCAGCACCAUUGUCUGUUGGCAAAAAAAGGAAGAAGGGCCAAGUUCAGUCUCUACCUCCCACCCCGACAGCUCCAGACACUCCCAAUGACACUGCACAACGGCCAGCCAUGAGAAUGCAGCGCAUGGGUAAAGAGGCAGCACCCAAGAGAUUAGCAGAAGCCAAAUCACCACCACCACAACAGCUGAAAAAAGAGGAGCGGUUCUCCCUUCGAACAAGGGAGAGAGUUGGUGGUCCAGUCACCAGGAGCUUACACACAGCCAACGCAGCUCCUUCUGCUGAGGUUAAAACUGAGGAACCACCAGUUCAAGAGCCAAAAGAGACUCAGGAGGUGCUGAUGAAGUGAGCCAUGUUGACAUUGUUGAGCAGUCCCUGGGAAUACGGUGCUCACCUCUCAGGCUAUGCUCUGGACUAAUCAAGGCACUGACAGCACUGAGGUUGACCUUUUUUCUGUGGUGGGCUUUCUCACUCAAUUCAAGUGAAGCCUGCUUAUCUCAACUGCCUUGCUGGAUUUAAGGAGGGAACUCUUCUUAUUCUUCCAUCUAUCUUUAUGAACUGAACUGAGCCUCGAUUUUAGCCAGCCUUGCAAAAAAGAAAAAAAGAGGAAAAAGAAACUGUAAAUGGCAAUGAGUUAAUAUAUACAAUACGUGUCAUUACUUGACCCAAAACAGUAAUAUUAGGGCUCCGUUAUGUUGGAAAGCUGAUAUAUUGCAAAUGGCAAUCAUGUAUCAGUUAGGGUUAGGGAAACUUGUUUAUUCUUUCGUUCCGUAUUUUCUCCAUUUGGUUGUUUAGAUUUUUGGAUGUUUCCAGAGUCUCUUAAUGCAUGUGCUGAAUAGAGUAUAAUCUAGAUUAAGCCAAUUUCCAUGUCUCUCCCAACAGGCACCUACUUCAGUUUAUACAUUGAUUUGCAAAGUAUGUAUGUUUGAUUUAAAUUUAUGUAGUCAUUAUAUUGUAGAAUAUAUCUUAUUGGCCUAUUUUUGUUUGGGAAACAAAAAUGAAAAUGGCAGUUGUUUACUGCAACAAUUGGUCCUCAGGAACACUGUAUAUGUGUGUGUGGUAAGUAUGUGUAUGGUUAUGGUUGGAUGUGCGGCCUGACAGCUAUUCCUCCAGUCUCAAUCUCAAGUAUGUCAUGUUUUUACUCGCUUUCUCAUAACUGUUUUUGUUUAUUUGACGUUAGCAGGUAAUUCCAGUUAAGUAAAAUGAUGGGAAUUCUGUUGUCUCCUUUUUAAAAUAAUGCCUGUCAUGAAAAGAAAUGAAUAUCACUCAUACAGUCCAGUGUUCUUAUAGCACUUUAAAAACAAACUGCCAAAAUUUCUAGCUUGAUCAGUAAGAUUGGCUUAAUUAAACGGUGAAUAAUGGAAUGUAUUCAGGUCUGUUGCACUCUGUAGACACUGGUCAUUUGUACCAAAGUAGUGCAAAUCUUUCAUCAAAAAUAAUACUUUUACAGCUUUUCUGCCAACAAAAUCGAGACUUUGAUAAGCAAUUUGACACAUGAAAGUGACACAUGAAUCAACUUUUUAUGCCAAAAUGCAUGAUCAUGACUCAAAUCUGAAAAAAGUUUGAGGGCAGCAGUAUUUUUUUUUUGUCAGUUAUAAGUGGACUUGUGAAAAGUUGCUUCCUGUGUCAUUUUUGUUCAAGUCAUGCCAGUGUGACAUCGCUGAACGAUUUCUGUCUUUGAGGACAUUUGUUUCAUUGAGUCAAUGUCUUUGGUAAAACUGUAGAUGAUGAAAAUGUAAUUAAGUCCAUACCAAGGAAAAGCCUAUUUUUAGUUUAUAUUCUCCAGUGCCCCCUCCACUUUCUCUCUCUUGACUGUAUCCAAUUGUACAACUGAGAUAGCAGACAAACAGGCAGUGCUCAAACACUUGUAGCGUGUUAUGGGAAAGUAAAUUCGAACAAUAUGAUUUGAAGCUAAUUUAUAUUUCCACAGGAAAUUCUUCAUGUUUUGCCUUUCAGCAUCAAGAUUAUGUAUUUAAGGAUGAACAAAGACAAAAAUCCCGAAUGACCUCAACUAAAACAUUGCUGUAAUUGACAUAAUAAAAAGAAAAAAAAUCUA